AUGAGAGUAAAAUCAUUAUUAAAACGUAUUCCGAAAGCUAUUGCUACGAGAAUUCAUGAAGUUGUACCAGAUCCAAUUGGCGAUGGAAUUGAAAAUCAUGUUGUAACGGUUCAUGAUCAUUUAGGAAAUAUAUUAUUUAAAACUCCAGGAUAUCAAGGUAGAUUGAGAGAUUUAUUAUUAGAGGUAUUGACGUGCAAUGGGGUAAAAUGUGUUGGAUACCAUGAAAAUGAGGAAGGAGUUUGGGCUAUUUUUGAAGAUGGUACGAAAGAGAGUGGAGAUUUCUUGGUAGGCGCGGACGGAAUUCAUUCUGCAA